AUGGCCUUUCCAAGAUCCAUGUGGCUGAACUGUGUAUGGAGAGUGACGGUGGUCCGCCUGCUACACAUGGGAUUGAACGCCACUUUUGCUUUUUCUAUACUUGGAUUUUUGCUUCAUGCUGCAGCUGUGUCCUCCCAAAAAUUGGAUGAUACCAACCCAGUGGUGACCACCAACUUUGGCAAGAUAAGAGGGAUUAAGAAGGAACUUAAUAAUGAAAUCUUGGGGCCUGUUAUUCAGUUUCUUGGGGUUCCAUACGCUGCCCCUCCAACAGGGGAGCGCCGCUUCCAACCUCCUGAGCCUCCAUCUCCCUGGGCAGAUAUCAAAAACACCACCCAGUUUGCUCCAGUGUGUCCCCAGAACAUUAUAGAAGGCAGGUUGCCUGAAGUCAUGCUUCCCGUGUGGUUUACUAAUAACUUGGAUGUAGUUUCAACCUAUGUGCAAGAUCAGAACGAAGACUGCCUCUAUUUAAAUAUCUAUGUCCCAACCGAGGAUGUCAAAAGAAUAUCCAAGGAAUGUGCCAGAAAACCCGGCAAGAAAAUUUGUAGAAAAGGAGGUCCCCUUACAAAGAAACAGACAGAUGAUUUAGGUGAUAAUGACGGUGCUGAAGAUGAAGACAUUCGGGACAGUGGGGGACCUAAGCCUGUGAUGGUGUAUAUUCACGGAGGGUCCUACAUGGAAGGCACUGGAAAUUUAUAUGAUGGCAGUGUUCUAGCAAGUUAUGGGAAUGUGAUAGUCAUCACAGUCAACUAUCGCCUUGGGGUACUUGGAUUUCUGAGCACUGGGGACCAAGCAGCAAAAGGAAACUAUGGCCUUCUUGAUCUAAUUCAAGCUUUGCGAUGGACUAGUGAAAAUAUUGGGUUCUUUGGUGGUGACCCAUUGAGAAUAACUGUUUUUGGAUCUGGGGCAGGCGGUUCAUGCGUCAAUCUGUUGACUUUAUCCCAUUAUUCUGAAGGUAACCGUUGGAGCAAUUCAACCAAAGGACUUUUUCAAAGGGCAAUAGCUCAAAGUGGAACAGCUCUCUCCAGCUGGGCAGUUAGCUUUCAGCCUGCAAAAUAUGCCAGGAUGUUGGCUACAAAAGUUGGUUGCAAUAUGUCGGACACUGUGGAACUGGUAGAAUGUCUACAGAAGAAGCCUUAUAGAGAACUUGUUGACCAGGACAUCCAACCAGCAAGAUACCAUAUAGCCUUUGGACCAGUAAUCGACGGUGAUGUGAUACCAGACGACCCUCAGAUCUUGAUGGAACAAGGAGAAUUCCUCAACUAUGACAUCAUGCUGGGAGUUAACCAAGGGGAAGGGUUGAAGUUUGUUGAAAACAUUGUGGAUAGUGAAGAUGGCAUAUCAGCCAGUGAUUUUGACUUUGCAGUUUCUAAUUUUGUCGAUAACUUAUACGGAUACCCCGAAGGCAAAGACAUAUUGAGGGAAACCAUUAAAUUUAUGUACACAGACUGGGCAGACCGGCACAACCCCGAGACCAGAAGGAAAACACUGCUGGCUUUGUUCACUGAUCACCAGUGGGUUGCACCAGCAGUGGCCACUGCAGAUCUUCAUUCAAAUUUUGGAUCGCCUACAUAUUUCUAUGCCUUCUACCAUCAUUGCCAGACAGAUCAGGUACCUGCAUGGGCAGAUGCAGCCCAUGGAGAUGAGGUUCCUUACGUACUAGGAAUCCCCAUGAUUGGUCCUACUGAAUUAUUUCCUUGUAAUUUCUCAAAAAAUGAUGUCAUGCUAAGUGCAGUGGUGAUGACGUACUGGACAAACUUUGCAAAAACUGGUGACCCAAAUCAACCAGUGCCGCAAGACACAAAAUUCAUCCACACAAAACCAAAUCGUUUUGAAGAAGUAGCAUGGACCAGAUAUUCUCAGAAAGACCAACUGUAUCUUCACAUUGGAUUAAAACCACGAGUUAAAGAACACUAUAGGGCCAAUAAAGUGAACCUUUGGUUGGAGCUGGUACCUCAUCUGCACAAUCUUAACGACAUUUCACAGUAUACCUCUACCACAACUAAAGUGCCAUCGACUGAUAAUACUUUCAGACCCACAAGGAAAAAUUCUGUUUCAGUUACUUCAGCCUUUCCUACAGCCAAACAAGAUGAUCCCAAACAACAACCAAGCCCCUUUUCAGUGGAUCAAAGGGACUACUCAACAGAAUUGAGCGUUACUAUUGCAGUGGGCGCAUCUUUGCUGUUCCUGAACAUUUUGGCUUUUGCAGCGUUGUACUACAAAAAGGACAAGCGGAGACAUGAUGUUCACAGGAGAUGUAGCCCACAACGUACCACCACCAAUGAUCUCACCCAUGCACAAGAAGAGGAGAUAAUGUCCCUCCAAAUGAAGCACACUGACUUGGAUCAUGAAUGUGAGUCCAUCCAUCCACAUGAGGUGGUUCUUAGGACCGCCUGUCCCCCAGACUACACGCUAGCUAUGAGAAGGUCUCCUGAUGAUAUCCCCUUAAUGACACCCAACACCAUCACAAUGAUCCCCAACACUAUACCAGGGAUUCAGCCCCUACACACAUUCAACACAUUCACCGGAGGACAGAACAAUACUCUGCCCCAUCCUCAUCCCCACCCCCAUUCACACUCAACAACCAGGGUAUAG